UUUUCCUGAUGGAAGCAUUUAGAGGCUAGAGAAAAGAGAGGAGAGGAUGAGAAAUAGGAAGACUUGGUCUCUAAUUCACUUUUAGGAUGGCAGCCCACCAUGAGUGUAUGGGUACCACAGAGUGGAUGUGGUGUGCUGCUGAGAGAAAAAGGACCUGAAGCUGAGAAAGGCCUGCAUUGCAUCCUCUGGCACUAUGAAAGCUGGUCAGCAGGGAAGAAGCUUACAGUCCAAUUCCAGUUUGGUUUCUCUAUAUCUUGCACCAAAGAACCAGAGCGAGAGGUUUGCCUUCCUCGCAGAGUGGUAUGACCCCAACGCCUCGCUGCUGCGCCGCUAUGAGCUUCUGUUUUACCCUGCGGAUGGAUCUGUUGAAAUGCAUGAUGUAAAGAAUCGUCGCACCUUCUUAAAGCGGACCAAGUAUGAGGAGCUGCGCUUGGAAGAUUUAUUUAUAGGCAACAAAGUGAAUGUCUUUUCUCGACAACUGGUGCUGGUGGACUAUGGGGACCAGUACACAGCUCGCCAGCUGGGCAGCAGGAAAGAGAAAACAUUAGCCCUGAUCAAACCAGAUGCAGUAUCAAAAGCUGGAGAAAUAAUUGAAAUGAUAAACAAAAGUGGAUUUACUAUAACCAAACUCCGAAUGAUGACGCUUUCAAGGAAAGAAGCCACAGACUUCCAUGUAGACCACCACUCAAGGCCUUUUUAUAACGAACUGAUCCAGUUUAUUACAAGUGGUCCGGUUAUUGCCAUGGAGAUUUUAAGAGAUGAUGCGAUAUGCGAGUGGAAAAGAUUGCUUGGACCCGCAAACUCUGGGCUAGCUCGCACAGAUGCCCCUGGAAGCAUCAGAGCCCUCUUUGGGACAGAUGGCAUCAGAAACGCUGCUCAUGGCCCUGAUUCUUUUGCAUCUGCUGCCAGAGAAAUGGAAUUAUUUUUUCCUUCAAGUGGAGGCUGUGGACCAGCAAACACUGCUAAAUUUACCAACUGUACCUGCUGCAUUGUUAAGCCCCAUGCCGUCAGUGAAGGGCUGUUGGGAAAGAUCUUAAUAGCUAUUCGAGAUGCAUGUUUUGAAAUCUCAGCGAUGCAGAUGUUCAAUAUGGAUCGGGUUAAUGUUGAAGAAUUCUAUGAAGUUUAUAAAGGCGUAGUGCCUGAGUAUAAUGAGAUGGUGACAGAAAUGUGCUCCGGCUCUUGUGUGGCAAUCGAGAUCCAGCAGAACAAUCCUACAAAGACAUUUCGAGAAUUCUGUGGGCCUUCUGACCCUGAAAUUGCCCGCCAUUUACGUCCCGAGACCCUCAGAGCAAUCUUUGGUAAAACUAAGAUGCAGAAUGCUGUUCACUGUACAGACCUACCAGAGGAUGGUCUCCUGGAGGUCCAGUAUUUCUUCAAGAUCUUGGAUAAUUAACAAUACAGAGAGUAAAGACGGCACAGACAGAGACACUCAAGACAAGCGAGUCACACACGUGAGGAAUGUGUUCAUUCUUUUAUUGUCCGUUGUUUUAACCUGACUGACACAAGAUCAACAAGAGCACUGUACUCCUGGCAAUUAUUACAUAUGUUAGAACAUGGGUUUGCACUGUAGACAACAUUUAACACCAGUCUAUGGGGUACUGCAUUGCUUUUUAUAAAGUUCAAAAUAAAGAUUUUAUUUUCAAACAA